AUGUCGAAUCAAGUCAAGGGUCGUCAAUACACAGAUCCAGCAGUGUACUCUGCUGAGCACAAGGCAUUCGAGGAGGCCGGACUUCCGACCACUCAAGCCGGAUGGAUCCAACGAGCCAAGGACGUCGCUGAGAUACUCGGCCGGGAUGCCGCUCAACGAGACAUCGAGAACAAGUCACCACAAGCCGAGGUGUCACUCCUCAAGUCCUCCGGUCUGCUGAAGGUCCUGGGACCCAAGAAGUAUGGUGGCGGCGAGCAGAGCUGGGAGGUCGGCUACAGAGUGAUCCGCGAGGUCGCAAAGACUGACGGAUCUCUGGGCAUGCUGCUCGGAUAUCACUUGCUGUGGUCCACCACUGCCAACGCCGUCGGUACGGACGAACAGCAGGACAGCGUACAGCAGGCCAUCAUCAGCAACAACUACUUCGUGGGUGGAGCCGUCAACCCUCGCGACAGCGACCUGAACAUAACCUCCGAAGGCGACGAGAUCGUGUUCAACGGAGCCAAGAACUUCAAUACUGGAGGAGUGGUCUCGGAUCUCACCGUUCUCGAAGGUGUUUUGGAGGGUACUGAAGACCACAUCUUCACCCUCGUCAAGACCGAUCAGGCCGGCAUUCAAUUCGCUCACAACUGGGACAGUGUCGGUCUCCGCCUGACAGAGUCCGGCAGCGUCAAGAUCACCAACGUUCGCGCUCCUUGGGGCGAUGCUCUCGGCUGGGACCCGGAGACGAAGAGGCCCAUCCCGUCCGUUCUCGGAAUUCCCUUCGCCAGCCUGCUGCUACCGACCAUUCAGCUCGUCUUCAGCAACUUCUACCUCGGAAUUGCUCAGGGUGCUUUGGCCGCUGCUUCGGAGUACACUCUCAAGUCCACUCGUGCCUGGCCUUUCGGCGGUGACAACAAGGACAAGGCCAUUGACGAGUUCUACAUCCUCCAGCGAUACGGCGAGUUCCGCGCUCACCUCGCCGCAGCGGAUGCCUUGACCGACCGUGCUGGUGCCGAGAUCGCAAACCUCUACCGUGAGGGCGGUCAGUACGGCUCCGUUGUCGGCGACGAGCGUCUUAUCACCGCCCAGCGCCGUGGUGAAGUCGCCGCCUUCGUGGCGCACGCCAAAGUCGUCACCACCGACACCGGCUUGACCGUGACUUCGGGCAUCUUCGAGAUGCUGGGAGCCCGCGCCACCGGGAAGAAGUACGGCUUCGACCGCUACUGGCGCGACAUUCGCACGCACAGCUUGCACGACCCCGUGGCGUACAAGAAGCGCGAGGUCGGACGCUGGCAGCUGUUGGGGGAAAUUCCGGAGCCCACAUGGUAUACCUAG